CUGCACUCCAGCCUGGGCAACAGAGCAAGACUCCGUCUCAAAAAAAAAAAAAAGAAAAAAAAGAAAAGACGAAUAAAGGAAUCAAAAAGUGUUUUCAACCCUGUAGGGAAACAGACACAAACUGUAUUAAGAGAGAUUAAUGAUGCAAGACGGAUGUCCAGGACCCACCUGCUGGGGACACAGUGGCUUAACUCCACUGGCUCUGGGAACUCGGAGGUCAUGGCAAGCAGAGCAGUGAAAUUCCUGCACCAGGAGGGGGCCCAGGCCAUGCAUGAGGAGUUGCUUCAUGAGUACCAGCAUGGCCCAACUUACAGAACUGGCUGGGUUCAGCUGUUCAACGUCAUUGCCAAGGCAUAUCCUUCCAUAUCCAUGUCCAGGGCCCCUGCUGCUGUCCCAAUCAUCUGUGGCCCAGGGAAUAAUGGAGAAGGGAGCCUGCUCUGUGCUUGGCAUCCCAAACAUUUUGGUCACCAGCCAAUCAUCUUUGACCCCAAAAGACCCAACAAGCCACUCUACACUAUACUGGUGACCCACCAUCAGGAAAGGGUCAUUCUUUUUCCUGGUGAAGUGCCCCCAGAGCCCACACUGAUCAAUGAGCUGUAUGGGCUGGGGGUGGAUGCCAUCUUUGGCUUCAGCUUCAAGGGCAAUGUUUGAAAGCCAUUCUGUAACAUUCUGAGUGUCCUGAAUGGACUCACUGUGCCACUGCCAAUGCUGACAUUCCCUUGGGAUGGGACAUGGAGAAGGAAAACUCCGGAGGGAUCCAGCCAGAUCUGCUUCUCUCCCUGAUAGCAUCCAAAAGAUCUGAAACCUAGUUUACAGAUUGCUACCACUACUUGAGGGGUUGUUGACUGCCACUUGCUUUGGAAAAGAAGUACCAGCUAAAACCUGCCAUUGUACCCUAACACUGAGUAUGUCUCAUCAUCUGCAAUGAGGGAAGGUGGAUGGACAUUCUUGCCAAUAAAGACUUAGUGUCUCUGUCUCCCAGAAAACACACACACGCACACAAAACGCAGAGAGAGACUACUAAGGCUAAAGAGAUGGUGGGCAUACCAUGUUCAUGGACAGGAAGGCUGAGGCUCAUACAGAUGCAGAUUAACUCAUUUAAUAGUCCCAACCCACCAGAAGGUGGGUUGCAGAUACCUUGAUUUCAGACUUCUAGCUUCCAAAGCUGUGAGAGAAUAAACACAUUAAAUUAAUUUCCCCCUUUGUCAUUUCAACACAAUCCCAAUUAAAGUCAUGUCACAGCUUUCCCUGGAACUCAAUAUGAUAAUCGAAACAUUUAACUGGAGCAGCAGAGGGUUGCAAAUACUUGGGGCAUUACUGCAGAAGAACAGGGCAGUCCUACCUGACAUACCAGAUAUUGGAACCCAUGGCAAAGCCUGUAAUUAAGUCAGCAAAAUACUGGCACAGAAAGAAACACAUUGACCAAUGGAUUAGAAUUAAAUGCUCACAGACAGCCCUAUGCAGGUCAGGAAUUUUGCUUCAAGAAGGAGAGAGUCUGUCCCAGCAGUGGGGAGGGGAGGCUAUCCCAUAAAAGGAUCUGGGAAAUGGGAGACCAUGUUGAAAACAAUAUUGGUUCUCUACUUCACACCAUAUGCAAAACAAAAAUCCACAUGGGUUAAGGAGUUACACACAAAAAUAUAACAAAAUUACCCUUUUUAUUUUAUUUUUUUAGACAGGGUCUUGCUUUGUCACCCAGACUGGAGUACAGUGGCAUGAUCAUAGCUCACUGCAGCCUCAGACUUACAGGUGCACAUUACCACGCCUGACUAUUCUUUUUAAAUUUUUUUGUAGAGAAGGAUCUUGCUAUGUUGCACAGGCUAGUCUUGAACUCCUGGUCUCAAGUGAUUCUCCUGCCUCAGCCUCCCAAAGUUCUGGGAUUACAGGCAUGAGCCACUGUGCCUGGCCCAAAAGAAAGCUUUAAUGUCUUGGUAGAAAAUAGAGGUGAACUUGAGGGCAAGCCUUGGUGCCUCAUGCCUGUAAUCCCAACAUUUUGAGAGGCCAAGAGGGGAGGAUCAUUUGAGCCUA